CCUGUUUAAGCCGCACGAGUGGCCUGCUGGGUGUUUUAAAUACAUGAAAUAUUUAAUUCAAAUAGUCAAAAAUCACAUGAAGUUUACCAAUUAAACUAUCGCUUAGUAUCUUCUUCUCCACUCACUUAUUCGAUUGAAUUGUAGAUUAUCAACAGACUCGUCUAUUUCGCCGUGCCUAAAUCCCCUACAAGUUGUCUUCAGCUCCCCACCACGUCCAUCUGUAACCUGCUCCAGCUACACUGAGUUAAGGCCAGGGAACUCAUGUUGUCAAUCAAAUUCACCCGUCAAGUCCGUUAUGGAGCAGCAGUAGCUAGAUCUCUGCUCUCUAAGAGAUGCUUAACGGCAGAAACAAACAGACUGCUUUGUCCUCUGUUGUCUAACCAUGUCCGCACUUAUGCUACAAAAAAGUACCCUCCUCAUACCAUCAUUAAUGUGCCUGCUUUGUCUCCUACAAUGUCCGAGGGAAACAUCGGUGCCUACCACAAGGCUAUUGGUGACAAGAUCGAAGUCGGUGAUGUCCUUUGUGAGAUUGAAACUGACAAGGCCCAAAUGGACUUCGAGCAACAAGAAGAGGGAUAUUUGGCUAAGAUCUUCAUCGAGAGUGGAGCUCAAAAUGUUCCCGUCGGUGUCCCUUUGUGCUUGACCGUUGAUGACCCAGAGGAUGUUCCUGCUUUUGCUGAUUUCAAGUUGGAAGAUGCUAAGCCCGAAGAAGCUGCCGCUGCUCCAGCUUCUUCUGAAGCCCCGAAAACGGAAGCCGCUGAGCCUGCAAAGGCAACUGAAAAUGCUCCGGCUUCUUCCGAAACUGGUGCUGCUGCCGGUGACCGUAUUUUUGCUUCCCCCAUUGCUCGCAAGUUGGCUGCUGAGAAGAACAUCAACCUUGCUGACGUGAAGGCUUCUGGCCCCAAUGGACGUGUUAUCAAGUCCGACGUUUUGGGCUUCCAACCCGCUGAGGUGAAGCAAGCUCCUGCACAGGCUCAAGCACAAGCUCCUGCAGCACAAGUUGCCGCUGCUGCCGAGUAUGAUGAUAUUCCCUUGACCAACAUGCGUAAGAUCAUUGCAAGCAGAUUGAGUGAGAGCAAGAAUGUCAACCCUCAUUACUACGUUACGGUGUCUCUGAACAUGGAUAAGAUUUUGCGUCUUCGCACUGCCUUGAACGCUAUGGCAGAUGGCCGUUAUAAACUUUCUGUCAAUGAUAUGAUCAUUAAGGCUACCGCUGCUGCUCUUCGUCAAGUUCCCGAGGCUAACUCUGCCUGGAUGGGUGACUUUAUCCGCCAGUACAAGACCGUUGAUAUCUCUAUGGCUGUUGCUACUGCCACUGGUCUUUUGACUCCCGUUAUCAAGGGUGCUCAAGCCCUUGGUUUGUCCGAAAUUUCCCAGAAGGCCAAGGAUCUUGGCCUUCGUGCUCGUGAUAACAAGCUUUCUCCUGAAGAGUACCAGGGCGGUACUUUCACGAUCUCCAACUUGGGUAUGUUCCCUAUUGAACACUUCACCUCCAUCAUCAACCCUCCUCAAGCAUGCAUUUUGGCUGUUGGUACUACCACCGAGACAGUUGUUCCCGAUGCUACAUCUGAGAAGGGAUUCAAGAUUGCUCCUAUUAUGAAGUGCACCUUGAGUGCUGACCACCGUGUUGUUGACGGUGCUAUUGCUGCUCGUUUUACCUCAGCCUUGAAGAAGGUUGUGGAGAACCCCUUGGAGUUGUUGCUGUAAUUGCAAUAACAGAUAUGUUAUGCUCGGAUACUCCGGCUAACUUUUCAUUUUGAGUAAUUUCACUUACUGAUAAACACUCCUUUAAUGUAAAAUGCUGAAAUUUAUCUAUUUGUUUUUUGAAUGUGGCAUUUGUUUAUUCAUUACUUGGUAGGUUUGAGUCGAUCGCAUUUGUUUACGUGAAUUGCCCAAAUGUUGGUAUGUAAACAGCCAUGAUUGAUACCACUUUAAACAACUA